CUUAUCGCUGCGAUUGUGCGGCCAACGGCUGAUUGUGGCUCUGUAGCGGCUUCCCUGUCAGGUGCCUCCCCGUCUUUCCUCCUCGGAUCUUUAUCAAUAUGUUCUCCAUCGCAUCCACAGCCGAUCCUACCGCACUCGAUGACGGCUCGUACCUCUUCGAUCAGAAUCAAGAUGAUCUGUUGUCAUUGCCAAUGUCCAAUGAUAGUAUACAUCUGAAAGGCGGUGUCGCACCUAUACCUGGGUUUAGUAACUUGGGCUACGGCCGGGAAUCGAGUGCAUCGUCCGUGCACUACGGCGACUUGAUUGAUACAUCAGAACCCAGCACAAGUCACGAGGGGGAAGGAUCUACUCCAGGCACAUUGGCAAAUGGAUACACGACAAACUACACUCCUUCGCCACUGCAGCAUCCAUUCACCCCAAACUCGGCCGUUAAGGGCAUGACUAGUACCCAGAGAAAACAGCCCUCUCAUCAAAACCACGUCUCUUCACAUACGUCUCUCAACGAAAACGGCACGAAAGCUCAUUCAUCAUCAAAGAGUCAUCAGAGAGAUGGCGCAUUCAUGGCGGGCACACCACAUAGUCUGAGUGGCGAAUCACAAGCAUCUUCGACCCCUGAGCUUCCACAGUCACAUGGACAGCCAAAGAAGCAUCGCAGGACAAAUUCUCUCCCUGUAAAAGGGAAGGCUGUCGAGAUGAAGGCGAGUUCUAGCAUACCUGCAGAUGUGUCAUGGCCCGAAUUCGGCCGGCAAUGCAUUCUAGCAGCAGAGAACAGCCGGCUCAAUCCAUUCACUCUGCAUCCCACCGAGUACAAGCUUUUACGUGAGCAUGUCACUCACGCCCAAGUCACGAUUUAUCUGAACAUCAGAAACGCGAUCCUGCGCUUGUGGCAUCGCAACCCUCUGGUAUACGUCUCUCUCAAAGAAGCUGCAGGGUGCGCCCGUGACAAGCGCUACUUUGGUCUGGCAAAGGUGGCAUAUCUGUGGCUUAUGAGACACGGAUGCAUCAAUUUUGGUUGCGCUGAAGUACCGAAUAAUGCUGGUACUCUCUCGAAAUGCAAAGCAAAGACGGCAACAAGACGGACAAUCGUUGUAGUUGGUGCAGGCAUGUCGGGACUAGGUUGCGCUCGGCACCUGGAAGGAGUCUUUGCCCAACUUGGAGAUCAACUGACAGAUGCGGGAGAGCGUCCACCGGAGAUUAUCAUCCUCGAGGCCCGUCCACGUGUCGGUGGUCGAGUGUAUUCACAUCCUUUUUUGAAUCAAUCCGGUUCUACACUCCCACCUGGAAAUCGUUGCACAGCUGAGAUGGGUGCUCAGAUUGUUACAGGAUACGAACACGGCAACCCGUUGAAUGCGAUAAUUCGAGGCCAGUUGGGCUUGCCCUAUCAUGGUCUAAGAGACAAUACGAUACUCUACGAUUAUGAUGGCACGGUUGUCGAGAGAAGUCAAGACAUACUGGUAGAGAAGCUGUACAACGAUGUACUCGAACGAGCGGCAGCAUUUCGAAACAAACCUACUGCCCACAGGAUAGUAGAGGGUGAUCGAAACUUGAUGGCGUUUGGCCGUGAGCCCGCUGACGUUGGUGGGCCUACCAUUGCCGAGCUAGAAGAGUCUGAGGCUCCUUUGCCAGCAGACGCGAUAAGCGCAACAUCGACAAAGCAAGAGAAGCCAACUACCGGGGUAGAAAAGCUGGCGGGGAGAGCAUAUCAGUUGAGCGCUGGUUUCGACCCUGAUGUCACAGCCGCAAAGACGGUACAAGACAUGGGAUGGAAACUGAAGGAUGGUGUGACGGACGACCAAACAUUGGACCUGGAUACGAUUGCAAGGGCAUCGGAAUACCCGACAUUAGGCCAGACAAUGGAUGAGGGACUCCGGCAAUAUCAGUCACUUGUCGACUUGAAACCCAGAGACAUGCGCCUGCUCAGCUGGCACCAUGCCAACCUCGAAUACGCAAACGCUGUGAGUGUGAACCAGCUCAGUUUGAGCGGCUGGGAUCAGGACAUAGGAAAUGAAUUCGAAGGCGAGCAUAGUCAGGUAAUUGGGGGUUAUCAGCAGGUUCCGCGCGGGUUGUGGCAAUGUCCUAGCAAGCUGGACGUACGGUUCAGCACGGCUAUCAAGACUGUCCACUACAACACGGAAGAACAGCGAGUUGGCAAAGCUGUCAGAAUCGAAUGCACCAACGGCGAAACAUUUGAAGCCGAUCAUGUUGUCCUCACUACACCCCUGGGGGUACUGAAAUCAGGAUCUAUCAAGUUCGAACCCCCACUUCCUAGCUGGAAGCAGGAUGUGAUUGAACGCAUGGGAUUUGGACUUUUGAACAAGAUUAUCCUCGUGUACGAGAAAGCCUUUUGGGAACCGGAUCGAGACAUGUUUGGACUGCUCAACGAGGCCGAGCGCGAGGGUAGCAUGCGACCAGAGGAGUAUUGUUCGAAACGAGGACGGUUCUAUCUGUUUUGGAAUUGCAUAAAGACGAGCGGAAAGCCAGUGCUAGUAGCGCUCAUGGCAGGUGAUGCUGCCCACUACGCCGAGACGAUGUCGGACGACCAGCUUGUCAAAGAAGUGACGGACCGGCUCGACGCAAUGUUUGCGCCAAACACUGUACCACUCCCAUCGGAAGCGAUUGUGACGCGGUGGAAGAAGGAUCCAUUCGCUCGAGGCAGCUACUCAUACGUGGGACCAAGGACACAGACUGGUGACUACGAUGUCAUGGCACGGCCACACGGCCCGCUGCAUUUUGCUGGAGAAGCAACGUGCGGCACACAUCCUGCGACUGUGCACGGGGCGUACUUGUCAGGCCUCCGAGUGGCAGCGGAGGUUGCCGAGAACGUACUAGGGCCCAUCGAGAUACCCAGUCCGCUUGUGGAGAAGAAAGCGAUCAAGGCCGAGUUUUCGACGACUCCGACUGCAGAGUCGAAGCGGCGAUUUGAGCCGGCUGUGGGGCCAGUGAGAGAGAACAAGAGUGGGCGUGUGCAGCGCGACGAAGACUACGAAGCGGCGAUUAUUGGGGCCAUUUUGGAGCAGAUUGGCGAACGUCCAAUCAAACCCGGGCGGGCAGGCGUCAACCCAUUUCUGUUGUUCACGAAAGACUUUUGGUAUAUUUGCAAGCAAGAGUGUGAUGAGGCACACCGGGUCAAAAGUGGCAAUGCUGAUGCCAAAGCUCCAAAGCAAGAGAUUCGCAACGCAGUAGGGCUAAAAUGGCGCACGGCAGAGCAGCAUGUCAAGCAGCCAUAUCUGGACCAGGCUAGCAACGCACGAGAGGACGCAACGGCAAGUGCAGUAGAGUUCAAGGAGCGGGUUGCUACUUGGGACAAGGAGGCAGCACGCAUACGGCGGGAGUACAUUCAAGCGCACCCGCCUGAAGGGGGCAAUGAGGAGGUGAUGCUCAACAGCCGAACGGCGAUUGAGCUGGGGGCUGGGAAGCGACUACGCAGGCUGUGAUGUUGGAGACGUGGAUGUUUUGGUGUUGUAUUAUUCGUGUGUUGUGUAAGUUUAUAGAAGCGCGGUUUGCAUGUGCAGGCGUUUGUAGACAGGCCCGCAUCCUUGUUGUUGUGGUUGGGUAGGCGGGAUGAUAAUUGAUAUUGGACCUCGCAGAGGGCUAUUUUUAGGUAGAGGCAGCGACGCGAGAUGGUUGUCACUUGUCAGACCACUUGUGAUGGGCGUCUACGCCACAGUUGGGCAGUGCAUGGUAUGCGGGAUAUGUUGGGGAAGGCACUCUCCGCCUGGCAGCUGCUGUUUGUGUCCAUGUGAAGACAAUACUUGUUAGUCAUGGCACGUGACGAG